AUGGCAGAACACGAGGUCGAUCUCGACUCCAUAAUCGACCGACUGCUGGAAGUUCGCGGCAGCCGCCCCGGCAAGCAGGUUCAGCUCCUCGAAGCCGAGAUUCGGUAUCUGUGCACCAAGGCUCGGGAGAUUUUCAUCUCGCAGCCUAUCCUCCUCGAGCUUGAGGCUCCCAUCAAGAUCUGCGGCGACAUCCACGGGCAGUACUACGAUCUCUUGCGCCUGUUUGAAUACGGUGGCUUCCCCCCCGAAGCCAACUACCUCUUCCUUGGCGACUACGUCGACAGAGGCAAGCAAUCGCUCGAGACCAUCUGCUUGUUGCUGGCCUACAAGAUCAAGUAUCCCGAGAACUUCUUCGUCCUGCGUGGCAACCAUGAGUGUGCCUCCAUCAACCGCAUCUACGGCUUUUACGACGAGUGCAAGCGUCGCUACAACAUCAAAUUGUGGAAGACCUUCACGGACUGCUUCAACUGCCUACCUAUCGCCGCUAUCAUCGACGAGAAAAUCUUCACCAUGCACGGUGGCUUGAGCCCUGACUUGAACUCCAUGGAGCAGAUUCGCCGCGUGAUGCGCCCUACAGAUAUCCCCGACUGUGGGUUGCUGUGCGACCUGUUGUGGUCAGACCCGGACAAGGACAUUACGGGAUGGAGUGAAAACGACCGUGGUGUAUCCUUCACCUUCGGUCCUGAUGUUGUAUCGCGCUUCCUCCAGAAGCACGACAUGGAUCUCAUCUGCCGCGCUCACCAGGUCGUGGAGGACGGCUACGAGUUCUUCAGCAAACGCCAACUUGUCACCCUCUUCAGUGCUCCCAACUACUGUGGAGAAUUCGACAAUGCUGGCGCCAUGAUGAGCGUUGAUGAGAGUCUACUGUGCUCGUUCCAGAUCCUCAAGCCUGCCGAGAAGAAGCAGAAGUUCGGACGGCGAUAA